AUGCAAAACGGAGAUAUCACAUCUACUUUUGAAAAAUACAACCAUACCUAUUUAGAUGGCAGCCACCAGCGCCUGUGUCCAAAUGAUCUCCUAAAUAUUGAACCAAUUCACGAUGCCGAGCGUCUUGUUAAUACCACUAACGUAAUCGCGACACUGAUUCAAUAUCGAUUCGAUAAAUAUGAAGUUUCUCUUCGCAAUCUGUAUCAAAGUAUAUUAAAAUCAGGUGUUCUGGAAUCUUUGGCUACUGGAAACGGUCUCAAUGGUGUCAAAGAUAACAUCGUUCAUGGUCAACUACUGGAUAGUGCACAAAAUAUAUCAUUUCCAUUGGAAUCGUUGUUGAUUGGUACAACGACAGCAGACUGUUGUGAUUUCAUCUUUGGAAAUUAUAAUAAAACAGUGUCACCUAGUGAAUACGUUGCGGUGGUCAUUGCUCUCUUCGGGGAAAAGGCGUUCAAAGUGUUUCAUCACUCUCUGCCAGAUCUUUCCAAUGAACAGCGUGCUCUCAUAUCGCGUGCGGGCACACCCUGA